UGUGUGGGAGUGCUAAUGUGUCAGAAGUUGUCGUAAAACAACAGUCAACAUUCCUACUGUUAGUACUUUCCUCUUUUGUUUCUCUCUCUAUUUUAGGGAUUCACAGCAACCAUAAUAAAACUCUCACAACCUGAAAAAUGGUCUAAUUUUUCAGGCAAAUUUCGCCACCGACACUUGAUAUUCCUUCACCUGAACUUUAACCAUGGAAGAUACACAAUCAGUUGCAACACUGAUGGACUCCACAACCUCUAAGAUACAGCAGCUACAAAAAGCAUUUGCUGAAUUGGAAAGUCAUCGUGCUGUUACGCUAAACCUGAAAUGGAAGCAACUCGAAGAGCACUUACAUGGGCUUGAGAAGUCCUUGAAGAGGCGCUUCACCGAACUGGAAGACCAAGAGAAGGAGUUUGAAACAAAAAUAGAUCAAUCUAAAAAGAUGUUGGAGAAUCGUCAAGCUGCCGUUAUCUCUAAGGAGCAAGCUUCACUUGAAAGCCUCCAAGAGAAAAGAGAUGCAGCGCUUUCUGCCAUUACUAUUGCUAUGGGGAAGCAUAGGAAGCCUUAUUGUGUGGAACCUGCUGGUGCUGCUCAUGAGUCGUCUAUGUUCAAAGGAAAGCCCCCUGAUUUCAUACCACUUGAGAAUAUAGACGAUAAUAUGAAGCCUUUCAAGAACGAUAUCGUGGAAGUGAAGUUUUAUCCAGAGUUAGUUAAGUUAUGUCAAGAUAUGGACUCAGAAGGCCUCCACAAAUUUAUAUCGGACAACCGCAAGAACCUGGCUGCCGUAAGGGAGGAAAUUCCACCUGCUUUAAGAGCUUCUGUUGAUCCUGCCUAUCUGGUGCUGGAUUCACUCAAGGGUUUUUACCCCUCAGAAGUGUCAAAUUCAGAUGCUAAAAAAGAUGCAAAUCUUUUAGGUCUUCGCCGAACUUGUAUUAUGCUGAUGGAAUGCCUGAGCAUUUUGUUAAUGACCCUGGAAUUGGAUUCUGUUUCAAGUUUAAUAUCACAAAGUGUAAAGGGGCGCGCAAAAGCAAUUGCUGAGGAGUGGAAACCAAAGUUAGAUGAACUUGACAUUGAUGCAAAUAACGGGAAUUCCUUGGAGGCUCAUGCAUUCUUACAGCUUGUAGCUACUUUUGGUAUUAACUCUAACUUUAACCAGGAAGACUUGUACAAGUUGAUACCCAUGGUGUCACGUCGUCGCCAGACAGCUGAUCUCUGUCGUUCCCUUGGAUUGUCUGAGUGGAUGCCAGGUGUUAUUGACGUGUUGGUUAAUAAUGGAAGGCAUAUAGAUGCUGUUAAUCUAGCUUUUGCCUUUGAGCUGACUGACAAGUUUUCACCUGUUUCACUACUAAAAUCCUACUUGAAUGAAGCAAGCAAAGUAUGUUCACCUGUUAAAUCUGGAAAUGCAUCACCUAAUGCACAGAAUGAUGUCACCGAGAAGCAGCUCACUGCGCUGAAGGCUGUGAUUAAGUGCAUUGAAGACCAUAAACUUGAGGGGCAAUACCCUGUGGAUCCUCUCCAGAAAAAGGUUCUCCAGCUGGAGAAAGAAAAGGCAGACAAGAAAAGAGCGACUGAAGUUGCCAAACCUCAACCCAAGAGACCUCGUGCCAAUUGCGUAGGCAAUGGAUCUCGAGUCACUAACUUCACUAAUGUUGCCUCUGACAAAAACUUCUAUGCUAGUAGAAUGACUGAUAGGUAUCCGCAGUACAUAUAUGACCGACCAUAUGCUUACCCCGGACCCACUGACACCCACGUCCCGACGUUUCUUGGUACUGCCUACAACCUUCCUCCUCCUGGUCAUGGCAACUUCUUUGGAAAUGGUUACCACUAUCAGGCUACUUACCUGCACUAAUCGCUUGACUUUGCUAAAGAUCCUUUUAGCUGUUAGUGUUAACCCUUAUGCUUUAACUACUAGUACUGAUAGUAGCCUUGUUAACUUUUAUUCUGAUGUAAAAGCUCAUACUUUGCACUUUUAGUAUAAUGUACCAGUUGUUUAUGUUAAUGCUUCUCCAUUUCGUGA